AAAUUUUCUUCCAACAUUUUUAUCAAGUUUCAGUCACCCUGUGGAGUAUUUGACAUACAUAAGCCAUCUCAGCUGUGGUUCAGCUUCCAGCUGCUGUCGUUAGCAAAUUAUUAAUUUUUGCUCAAUUGCAAGUAAAUAAAGAAAAUUCAGUGUUAUUAGACAUUAAAAGUAUAUACUUUAUCAAAUAUUUGAACGUCGUUUUUACGAUUUUAAAUAUGUCCAGUGUUCAGGAAAAUAAGGACAUUCUUAACACGCCUACGUUAAAGAAAGACGUAGGUACUGCGUCACAAAAAAAGAAACGUCCACGUCAACGUCAACGCAAACGAAAUAAGAACUACAAGGCUAACUCGGAGGAAUCCGUGUUGCCGGUCCAGGAAGUCGAAAAGACUAAUAACACACAUAUAAAUACAUCGGUUGUACAGCUGAGCAAUAACACAUUCAGGGAAGAUCAAACAAUAAUUAAUAGAGACAAUCAAUCUUUUAUGAAGAUUUUGAAAUUAAAUUCGGAAUUAAUACCUUCUAUGGAAAGUGGAACACCCGUUCCACAAGGCAUUAAAACAAAAGUGUUUUCCAAAAGCAAACAAGGUGCUUUAAACUCUCACAAAGUAGACAAUUUAGCAGAUUCAUUGAUUCAAUCAAGUCCAAACUCGAAUAUACUAACAGAAGUAUUCCGAACACAAUCCCCAAGCGCCAAUAGCAUCACACAAGACAAAUCGCAAGUUUUAAAAACUCAAAUUAAUAACCAAAGCGACAACUUUCAGCAUAAAAAUAAUUUACUGACUGGCACUCUGGUUACUAGAGAAGACAGGAAAAUGUCAACUACGCCAACUAAAACGGUAAAUCCGCCUGCCGCCAAAUCUCGUGAAGAGAUUAUGGCCGAACGUGAAGCUAAAAAAUUAGCCAAACAAUUGAAAAAAGCUAAGGUAUUGGGUACUGAAUUAACGGCUGCAACCCCAGCAGCCUCAAAUAUAAAUACAUCCGUUGCGCAAGUUGAUAGUAUAGCAAUACCAGAAACCUCUGCUAACACUCCUUCCAAUACAACACUCGCCGACGGAAACGCUCUUGCCGUUGAUAAAAGUCGCGAACAAAUCAAAGCAGAACGUGAAGCCAAAAAGAAAGCAAAGCAAGCACAGAAAGAGGCUAAAGCAACAGGUUUACCAGAGGUAACUGCAAAAUUAGAAGCCAUUCAAUUUGUUGAGAACGGGCUUACAACACCAGCACAGGAUGAAAAGAAAAAACCAGCUUUAUCAAAAUCUGAGAGACGUGCCAUACAAGAAGCUCAGCGUGCGGCUAAAGCUCAGGCUCUUGCACAAAAAACCGCAACGCCAAAAGCAAAACCUGUUUCGGCCAAUAAUCAAAAAUCCUCAAAGCCUACACCAGACACACCAGCAAAGACCGCAAGCAAAACUGGUAGUCUUUCGACAACAAAGAGCGUUAGUCCAACUGCUAAGUCGCUGCGCAUAAACGAUUGUAAAGUGCGUCUGUUUAAUCAUUUGGAAAAGACGCAUCAGGAGGUUAGCUUAUUUUUGAAUAAUCCACAUCUGCAUCCGAGCGUUGCGAGACUAGGCGAACAAUACGCUCAGCGUACUGUUGUAGGCUCCAAUGCACGUUGUAUUGCCUUUCUCAAUGCACUGAAAAUGGUUAUACGAGAUUUUGAGACGCCACUAAAAAAGGAAUUUGCACGCAGCUUAGAGACCACAAUUACAGAUAGCGUAGAACAUUUGCAGAAAUGUCGACCGCUUGCCGUUUCCGUAAGCAACGCGUACAAACAUAUUAAACAUGUGCUUACGCAAUUGCCAACUGAUCAGCCGGAAUCUGAUCUAAAGGAGAAUUUAUGUCGCUUCAUCGACACAUACAUUGAGAAUCAGAUUGGCAAAGCAGCCGAGGCUAUUAGCUAUUCUGUGCAGGAGAAAAUCUCCAAUGGCGAUGUCAUACUCACAUUUGGCUGCUCAUCCUUGAUUACCUAUAUUUUCGAAGAAGCACAACGUCGCAACGUUGAUUUCCGUGUCAUAGUAGUGGAUUCGCGUCCCUUUUGUGAGGGACGGGAACUUUUGCGUCGGCUCACCGUGAAGGGUAUACCGUGCAGUUAUGUGCUUAUCAAUGCCAUCAGUUUUGUCAUGCCCGAAGCUACGAAAAUACUGCUAGGCGCACAUGCGCUAUUGGCUAAUGGUUAUGUUAUGGCGCGUACCGGCACAGCGCAAGUUGCGCUGGUGGCACGCUCAUUCAAUGUGCCUGUCUUGGUUUGUUGUGAAACACACAAAUUCAGCGAACGCUCGCAAACCGAUGCCAUUGUCUACAAUGAACUGGGCAAUCCUGAUGAUUUGAUAAGAAGUGAUAAGUGCAGUUUGGCCAAUUGGCAGACGAAGGGUAAAAUGUCACCGUUAAAUUUGAUAUACGAUAUUACGCCACCCGAACUAGUUACGGCUGUUGUUACUGAAGUUUCAAUAUUGCCAUGCACCAGUGUGCCAGUGAUAUUGCGUAUAAAACCAACGGAAAUUGGUUAUUAAUUCAAAUAUUAGCGGCUCGUUAUUUGGUGAAUAUAAAAAAUAAUUAAACUUUUUCCAGGUGUUCAUUUUUCAUAAUUUUUUAACACUUUAUGCUUUAAUUACAUACGCACAUGUAAAAGAAAAAGAGUGUAACUUUAAAUCGGAAUAAAAUACUUACUCAGCUUAAUGAAAACAAGAUUUGUUUCAAG